ACCUCCUCCACCUCCAUUCCCCACUACAACAAACACCAACAACCAAACAAUUCCAUCCACACUGAAACAAAAAAUCACUCUCUCUUCUUUCUUCUCCCAUUCUCAUUCUCUCCCUCCAAACCACAAAAAUGGUAGCUGAGAACCACCCUUCUCCCACAUACUUCAUCCUCCUGCUCAUAACCAUCACGCGUUUGAUCUCCACUGUCGGAAAAACCUCCCAAUGGAAGGCUGUUUUACCUGCCGAGCUUGCCGGGGUAGACGAGGAUGUCUUCGACAAGCUCCGAGGAGACUCCGAAGCUCUUCAGGGAAGAGCUUCCAAGGACUACGGCAACAUAGCGCGGGAAGUCCCACUGGCGGUGUUCCACCCGGCGUCGGCGCAGGACAUCGCGCGGCUGAUCAAGGCGUCGUACAGGGGCGCUGUCCCCUUCAAGGUGGCGGCGAGGGGACAAGGGCACUCCACGCGGGGGCAGGCGAUGGCACGUGGCGGCGUGGUGGUGGACAUGGCAGGGUUCAGAGAGAGGGGCAGUGGGGUGGGGAUAAGGGUGGGCAACACGGUGGACCCUUCGGUUGGUUACUUUCACUACGCUGAUGUCGGAGGGGAACAACUUUGGAUCGAUGUUCUUCACGCCACGCUCGAGCAUGGACUUGCACCUCUCUCUUGGACCGAUUACCUCUACUUGACAGUCGGAGGAACUCUCUCCAAUGCCGGCAUCAGUGGCCAAACCUUCCGCUAUGGUCCUCAAAUCUCCACCGUUCGUGAACUCGAUGUCAUCACUGGAAAGGGAGAAUCUGUGACCUGCUCCUCUCAGACAAAUUCGGAGUUGUUUCACGGUGUUCUUGGAGGUUUAGGACAAUUUGGAAUUAUAACAAGGGCAAGAAUUGCUCUUGCGCCAGCUCCCAAGAGGGUUAAAUGGGUUAGACUUUUGUACAGCGACUUUUCUGCUUUUACCAAAGACCAAGAACAAUUAAUCUCAAUCACUGGAAGGAAACAAAACAUUAUUGGUCUGGAUUAUGUGGAAGGAUCGUUGCUAAUGCACCAAGGGCCCAUAAAUAAUUGGAGAUCUUCUUUCUUCCCUUUAGCCGACCAUGGUCGAAUAAUUUCACAAGUAACUCAACACAGAGUCCUCUAUUGCCUAGAAGUUGCCAAAUAUUAUGAUGGCCAAAGUGAAAACAAUGUGGACAAGGAACUCCAAGUUUUACUCCAUGGAUUGAGCUACAUCCCUGGAUUUUACUACGAAAAAGACGUCUCGUACGUUGAGUUCUUGAACAGAGUCCGAAGUGGAGAGUUGAAGCUACAGUCACAAGGACUGUGGGAUGUUCCUCACCCUUGGCUCAAUUUGUUCAUACCCAAAUCUCAAAUCAUGGAUUUUGACUCGGGCGUGUUCAAGAACAUCAUCCUUAAACGAAACAUCACCACAGGACCUGUCUUGGUUUAUCCCAUGAACAGAAACAAGUGGGACAAUAGGAUGUCAGCAUCAAUACCAGACGAGGAUAUCUUCUACACAGUUGGGUUUUUGCAUUCAAGUGGGUUUGAUAAUUGGAAAGAGUAUGAUACUCAAAAUAAAGAAAUUGUGCAGUUUUGUAAUGAUGCUGGGAUCAAGAUUAAGCAAUAUCUUCCCCACUACCGCACACAAGAAGAUUGGACAAACCAUUUUGGCCCUAAAUGGAGGACUUUUGUAGAAAGAAAACACCAGUUUGAUCCAAGAAUGAUUCUAUCACCUGGACAAAGAAUCUUUAACAAUUAAACUAGGUUUUUUUAUAAUAUUUUCCCCCCAAAUAAAAAAUAUGGUGGGACUACCCUAAGUGUACACAUAGGACCCAGAGUUGAGAUGAUAGGGUUUGUACUUGUUUUUGUUAAGAGGGUGGGGUUAAAAGCUGCAUGACUUUGGCAUAUAUGUAGAUCAGGUUACACAUACUUUAGAUACGUUAGGUUGACAAAAUCAUGUGUGAAAGAUGCACACAGCUAGCUGUACCUUUCUUUUCCCUCACUCUCUUUCGUUUGUCUAUCAUCAUCACCACACACAGAUCAAUUCCAUGCUUAGUUUUUCAUCUGAUAAAAA